CUCAGUUUCAUAUAUAACAGCCAGCGGCGGGCGGCGAAGCCAACCAUCGUCAGUUUCAAUGGCGCUUCUGGUUCCUGGUGGGUUCGUACGAGUAAGGCCACUACGCUUGUCUCCGCCAGCGCACGUUAGACGAAAGCUCACGACUUUUGCUACUGUAUCCCCAACCCGAGGAGAUUCAGUGGACUGGGUUGAAGCAACUUCAAGCUUCUUUGAAGAUGACACGAGGCCCAUCAUGUUAUUUGACGGUGUUUGCAACUUGUGUAAUGGGGGUGUAAAGUUCGUGCGUGAUAAUGAUCAAAAUAGGAGAAUGAGAUUUGAAGCUCUCCAGAGUGAAGCAGGGAGGAAGCUGCUACGAAGAUCGGGAAGAGCUCCUGAUGAUAUAUCCAGUGUUGUGCUGGUUGAAAAGGAUAGAUCAUUCAUCAAGUCAGAAGCUGUUGUGAAGAUAAUGGAACAUAUAGACUUACCCUUCCCCCAGCUAGCAUUCUUCGUACAGUUUGUACCUCUCUUCAUACGGGAUUUUGUAUAUGACAAUGUUGCAAACAAUCGUUACACAGUUUUUGGUCGCUCAGAGUCGUGUGAGAUAUAGAAAUUAUAAUACUUGAUCCUCCUUACUAAAGGUCUGUAUAUUGGCAAGUGGAGAUCUAAAAUAUCUGAUGACUCCUAAUCUUGUAACUUAUAUUUUGCUUACAUUGAAAUAGAACAAAAUUCCUAAAGUUAUCUAAUGAAGUUUCUCAA